AUGGCUCCCGUUGAGUGCGCAGCACCAGCGUGUGUCAUGUCUUGGCUGCGUUUCUGGGGCCCAUGGCCCCUCACGUGGCAACUAUUGUGUCUGCUAGUGAAGGAGGCUCAGCCUCUGGUGUGGGUCAAGGACCCGCUCCAGCUGACCUCUAACCCCGUGGGGCCACCUGAGCCCUGGUCUUCCCGCUCCUCCCAUCUCCCGUGGGAAUCUCCCCAUGCACCUGCUCCCCUAGCAGCCCCAGGUGACUUUGAUUACCUGGGGCCCUCUUCUUCUUUGCAGAUGUCAGCCCUGCCCCAGGAAUUGACUGAAAAUUUGGCUCCAUUCCUGGACACGGAUUCAGCUGGAGAGCUGCCCCUGGGGCCAGAGCAGUUCUCAGCUGCCCACCAGGAUUUAAAUGACAAGCUGACUCCGCAAGAAAGGCUCCCAGAGGUGGUUCCACUGUUGGAUGGGGAUCAGAACCAGACCCCAGUUCAGCUUCCUCGCCUCAAAAAUAAGGUUCAAACUGCAGAUCUAGAUCGGGCUGCAGGUCAUCAGGCAGAUGAUAUACUUGUUCCACUACACAGUGAGGUUUCAAAACCAGCCAAAUUUGUUUCGCCCAAGAACCUGAAGAAAGACCUAGCUGAGCGUUGGAGCCUUGCUGAGAUUAUUGGGAUUCCACAUCAAUUAUCCAAACCUCAGCAUCAGAAACAGACUUUGCAGGAUGAAUAUUCGAGUAUGGACACACUGUAUCCCGGCAGCCUGCCUCCAGAACUCCAGGUGAACGCAGAUGAGCCUCCAGGGCCACCUGAGCAAGUUGCACUUUCUCAAUUCCAUCUAGAGCCCAAAACUCAAAAUCCAGAGACCCUGGAAGACAUCCAGUCCUCUUCACUCCAGGAAGAAGCCUCAGCGCAGCUUCCACAGCUCCCUCAGGAGGUAGAACCUUCAACCCAGCAGGAGUCCCCAGCUAUGCUUCCAGAGUCCUCUAUGGAGAGUCUAGCUCAAACUCCACUGAAUCAUGAAGUGACAGUUCAACCUCCAGGUGAGGAUCAAGCUCAUUAUAACUUGCCCAACAUUACAGUUAAACCUGCAGAUGUGGAGGUUACCAUGACAUCAGAGCCCAAAAAUGAGACAGAAUCUUCCCAAGCCCAGAAGGAGGCCCCAAUUCAGCCUCCAGAGGAGGUGGAACCUUUUGUUGAAUCUUCUACAGCCCUGACGACUACAGCUCCUCCUCCAGAACACCCUGACGUGACACUUCCACCUUCAGAUAAGGGUCAGGCUCAGCAUUCACGCCUGACUGAAGCCACAGCUCAACCUCUGGACCUGGAGCUUAGCAUAACUACAGAGCCUACUACAGAGGUUAAACUGUCUCCAACCACGGAGGAAACCUCAGCUCAGCCUCCAGACCCGGGGCUUGCCAUAACUCCAGAACCCACUACAGAGAUUGGACAUUCCACAGUCCUGGAGAAGACUACAGCUCCUAGUCCAGACCAGGUUCAGACUCUGCAUCGAAGCCUGACCGAGGUCACAGGUCCACCUACAAAGUUAGAAUCUUCGCAGGAUUCAUUGGUGCAGUCUGAAACUGCACCAGAGGAACAGAAGGCCUCCACAAGCACUAACAUAUGUGAGGUCUGUACCUGCGGAGAUGAGACUCUGUCAUGUGUUGAUCUCAGCCCAAAGCAGAGGCUCCACCAAGUGCCUGUGCCAGAGCCCAACACCUACAAUGGCAUCUUCACCACCUUAAAUUUCCAAGGAAACUAUAUUUCAUACAUUGAUGGAAAUGUAUGGAAAGCAUACAGUUGGACUAAGAAACUAAUUCUCAGUGAAAAUUAUUUGACUGAAUUACAUAACGAUUCAUUUGAAGGCCUGCUAUCCCUCCAGUAUUUAGAUUUAUCCUGCAAUAAAAUACAGUAUAUUGAAAGACGUACAUUUGAAUCACUGCCAUUUUUGCAGUAUAUAAAUCUGGGCUGCAAUUUAAUUACAGAACUGAGCCACGGAACAUUUCAGGCCUGGCACGGAAUGCAGUUUUUACACAACUUGUAAGUGAAAUAGAAGAUGAAUACGUGUAAACAACUAUUUUGUAUAAAAACUCAUACAAUUAUUGGUCAGCUGGGUAUAAGCCCAUUAUGAACUCUGAA